GGUUAAAGGAUUAGCGGACGCGUUCGAAGUGGCCAGUCUAGAGUUAAAUCUGUGCAGAAAAAUUAAGUAUUUCACGUUUUCUUUUGUAUGUAAGUGCUAGACUUGAAAUCGUGGACUAAAACGGGGCUUUCGUAAGUGAUGACGCCACGCGCAGUGUUAAAAUUACUAGUCAUUCAUUGCACAAUCUGUCUUGAGUUUUUAGCCUGUUAGCAGGCUAAACUCUUGCACGCUGUUGUGGAGCAAGUUUGUUUGAUUUUUAAGAGUUUUUGACUGCUUUAACUUUUGUAUGUGCUGGACUCAUUAGUCGGUAAUUUGCUCCUGAAUUCACAUUUGACACUGAUCAACUAAUCAACUCAGUUGAUUUAGUUUUAGGAUUAGCUUUAGCAGCGUCACUCGUGUUUGAUUGUGGUGUUUUCUAAUCACUCGGGCUGGUUCCGCUCGGACUCAGCCGCAGAAAAAUGGCCGACAUGUACAUUCGUGUGGCCGAGGACGAGAACGAGGAGCCCAUGGAGAUCCCAUCUGAAGACGACGGGACGGUGCUGCUGUCCUCCGUGGCCGCUCAGUUCCCAGGGGCGUGCGGGCUGCGGUACCGCAACCCCGAGACCCAGUGCAUGAGGGGGGUCCGGCUGGUGGAGGGCGUCCUCCAUGCGCCUGAGAGUGACUGGGGUAACCUGGUCUACGUGGUCAACUACCCCAAAGAUAAUAAAAGGAAGAUGGAAGAAAUAGAUGCUGCGUCGGCUGUGAAAAUCAAAAGAGGCUUUCAGAAGACAUCAGAUCUCAUUGUGCUCGGGUUGCCAUGGAAGACGACAGAGCAAGACUUAAAGGACUAUUUCAGUACCUUUGGAGAAGUUAUCAUGGUGCAGGUAAAGAGAGACACAGCCACUGGAAAUUCAAAGGGGUUUGGCUUUGUCCGGUUCACUGACUAUGAAAUACAAACUAAAGUUAUUUCUCAACGACACAUGAUUGAUGGGCGAUGGUGUGACUGCAAACUGCCCAACUCAAAGACUUCUCCUGAUGAGCCCACAAGGUGUAGAAAAAUCUUUGUGGGCCGCUGCACAGAGGAUAUGAGCCCUGACGACCUGAGGCAGUACUUCAUGCAGUAUGGAGAAGUCACUGAUGUGUUCAUCCCAAAGCCGUUCAGAGCUUUCGCCUUUGUCACUUUUGCAGAUGACCAGGUCGCGCAAGCCUUGUGUGGGGAGGACUUGAUCAUCAAAGGAGUCAGCGUACACAUCUCGAAUGCUGAGCCCAAACACAACAAUAGUAGGCAAAUGAUGGAUCGUGGGCGCUUUGGGGGGGCAGGUGGAUUCAAUAAGGGCUUUGCCAAUAACCGCGGUGGGAUGGGUGGUGGGAGUGGAGGGGUAAAUUUUGGGGCUCUGGGUCUUCCCCCUGCAAUGGUGGCUGCUGCUCAGGCCGCUCUACAGAGCAGCUGGGGCAUGAUGGGUAUGUUGGCCAGUCAACAGAGCCUGACCACCACAGCUGGCACUGCCCCCACCACACGAGACCAGACCUACACCACCCCCAGCACUAGCUACAGCAGCCCCACCUCGGCCUCCCUGGGCUGGACUGGGGGCAGCACCACACCAUCUGGAGGUAGCUUCAACUCAGGCUUCAACUCCAUGGAGUCCAAGUCAUCUAACUGGGGAAUAUAGAGCGCACCUAUCACCCUUUUUAUUUUUGUAGACUAAUCUGGUAAGUAUGCCAAGGCUGGGGGGCACCUUUCUUAAGUUCCUAUCAUUUAAAAAUACACUGCCUUUUAUUUUGUUACACAGAUGAGAUGAUUUAUUUAUGACUAAGUCAUACAUUGAAUGAGUGAAAAGUUGUAGUGGGAUCUGCCAGACUAGCUUUUGUUUUUGAAAAAUUGUGGCAGCGAUGAUUGUGCAUGCAAAGUAUAUAUUUAUAUACAUGCACGAGUAUCUAAGCCCCCUCCAGCCUGUAUAAUGUGGGCCUAAUUUGUUGUAAUCAUAUAUCUGUAUACAGUUGAUUGGAUCAUUUUUUUGUUUUAUGUUUUUACAUCUCCUGGAAACACCUGCAGUUCACCAUCUUUUCCCAGUCCCCUGGGAGGAAGCCCAGUCCGACCACAGUAUCUUUCCCCUCCGUCCCAAACGCUUUGUCGUGAAAGAGCGCCUCCACGUACACUGUGUUAGACGGUGGGUGUUGUCUUUUUCCUCUCCCCUUUGACAGGAAUAGAACCCUGUCACUUUGGAGAUCAUUGAGUGAGUAGGUGUUGGACAGAGUGCGAGUGCGAGCGGAGGGCCAAAUGAAAAGAGCACGUGUGGAAAGACUGUCUGUUUUUUAAGCAACAAAUGGCUGCCUGCGAGAGACCGGACCUGUGCUUUGUGAGUGUGAGAGGAACAAGCCAGUACGAAUGUGUGGCCCAUCACCAGGACGACAGCUUUUUCACAUUGUUUGAAAUUCUUAACAACAGCGCAAUGUUAAGUGCUUUGAGUAUUUGUAUAGUUUGCUAGCAUUCUCUUGCUGUCUGAUUUGUGAGUGCUGUGCCUGACUGUAUUCUCUCUGUGACCAUCCUUUGUGAACAUGAUGUUUGUGUGGAGACAGUACUGGGAGCGUGGUGAGCGCUGAUGUGACGAGUGUCUGAAAAGUUCCCAUUGAAAGUUUGUGUUUGAAGCACGUCAUGAAUGCUUUUCUAUGUUUGUGAAUCAAAGGGAAAAUUAAAAUUGAUUUUGACGGGUA